UGAAAGUGCAGUUAGGAGUUGAAAGUGCAGUUAGGGAUGGCUCAUGGUUGCCUCUGCGUUAACACGCCUGUCAGAAUAAAUUGCUUUGAAUAAAACCACAACCUAUGCCACCCAAAAUAAUGUAGCUAUGAAUAUUACGAAGAUGAAAUCAGUAUGUGGGUGACACAUUGAAGCUCGUUUCGUGAAUAUUACAAAUAACCAUAACAGGUAAGACCAUUCCCAUAAGUAGCUACCCCCAUUCAUAGACACUAACUGCUUUAGCGCCUAUUGAAGAUAGUAUCUUCUGAACGGGGAUAUUUUGUUAUGAGCCCUGACACUUGCUCUCAACAGUAACACACAUCGCUUGCGGAACACCUGUACGCAUAACGGUGGAAGAAGUGUAACGUUAGCUAGUUCAUCAACUGGAGGCACACACUGCUGGUGGAUCUGAGCAAAACUGCUACAGGGUGGAGAUGUCAUUGGCGUACCUUCGAUUGUGUACCCAACACAGGUUAGCACUUGGAGCUCGGGGAUAUGCGACCCGCACCAGUGACCGCAGGUCUCGGGAGCUAAAGGAUGAGGGUCCAGUGUUUCAGUAUGUUGGGAAGCAGAGAAAGCCCAACCACAAGGUGUUUGUAUGGGGGUUUAGCUACACUGGAGCCCUGGGCAUCCCCAGCUUUGUGGUUCCAGACAGUGGCAGGAAAAAGCCUAGGAAAUACCAGCUCACUCCUUACCGUCUGGAGACAGAGCAGCAGAUCUCCUCUGCAGCCUGUGGGUACGGCUUUACCCUCCUCUCCUCUUCCACCAAGGACCUCACCAAGGUGUGGGGCAUGGGUCUCAACAGAGACUCACAGCUGGGAUUCCAACGCACCCAACAAGACCGCCAUAAGAGCUAUGACUAUGUGCUGGAGCCCUCUCCGGUGCCUCUCCCCCUGGCCAGGCCCCAGCAGACCAGGGUGGUGCAGGUGGCAUGUGGUCGUGCCCAUUCCCUGGUGCUCACCGACUCAGAGGGAGUGUUCAGUCUGGGAAACAAUGCCUAUGGCCAGUGUGGGAGGAAGAUGGUUGAAGAUGAAGUCUACAGUGCCAGUCACAUCAUUCACAAGAUGGAAGGCUUUGACAGCCCAGUGACUCAGGCGGUGUGUGGGCAGGACCACAGUCUGUUCCUGACUGAGACGGGCAAGGUAUAUGCCUGUGGCUGGGGUGCAGACGGACAGACAGGUCUGGGCCACCACAACAUGUGUGCCAUGCCGGUGGCUGUAGGAGGGGACCUGGCUGGUGUGAGGGUGCAGCAGGUAACCACCUACGGAGACUGCAGCAUGGCCGUGUCCCAGGACGGCCAGCUCUAUGGCUGGGGCAACUCUGAGUACCUCCAACUCUCCUCGGUCACUGAGGCCACCCAGAUUAACUCCCCUCGACUCCUUCCUUUUGAAGGGGUGGGCAAAGUGACCCAGGUGGCCUGUGGAGGCACACAGGUGGCCAUUCUGAACGAGAGAGGGGAGGUGUUUGUAUGGGGCUAUGGCAUUCUUGGAAAGGGCCCUAAUCUCUCUGAAUCCCAAACCCCUGAGCUGGUCCCUCCUACACUGUUCGGCCGCUCAGAGUUUAACCCUGCUGUGACCGUGAGCCGCAUCCACUGUGGGCUGAACCAUUUCGCUGCCGUCACAGAUCGUGGGGAGCUCUUUGUUUGGGGGAAGAAUGUGAGAGGUUGUCUUGGUAUUGGAAAGAAAGAGGACCAGUACUUCCCAUGGCGGGUGACUGUGCCAGGUCAUGUGGUGGAUGUAGCGUGUGGGGUGGACCACAUGGUGGCGCUGGUCAAGUCUGUCAUCUGAGCGUCCCCAGCCGGAAGGGCACUGCCAGUAAGCCCUUCUCUUCCCUGUGACCCCCCUCUAUUACUGAGGGGUAUCCGGCCCUGUUCAGACGCCCUGUUAGCCUCACAUCCUCUGGCCGCCAAUGGAGGCCUGAACCCCAGAGCCAGCUGUCCUCCAUGGGUGGUAGAGAUCCUCCGUUUCCGGCAAUCUGGUGACUGUGUCCGCCAUCGAACGCUUCAGUCUGCUCCCUGUGUCUCUGGCUAGCACCGCUGGGAUAACAUGGAGGCUGGGUUCACAGGCAACAGUCACUGCAGCACUACAUUAAUCUCUAUACAUUAUUGAUCUGACACUAGUCAUUGGGCACCCUUGUUGGAUGAUGUGGAGAUCAGUGGAGCAGAACUGAUGCGGUGGAGCCAUGGAUUUUUUUCUUCCUGCAGAGAAGGGCUGAAACUUGACUGUCAGACCUCCAGAAUAAUGUCCUUAUGGCAUUUUACCUUCACUGUUGAUUUUUUUAUACACAUGUUUCAUGAGCUGAAAUAAAAUGUCCAUAUGCACAAAAAGCA